AGCUGAUUGGCUACUCCCCACGUGACCUCACAGCUGAUAGUGCUGGAUGAAGUGUUUUGCUUCUGUCCGUUCAUCAUCGUCUCAUGUAGCCAUUUCUGGGUAUCAGCCCCGUAGAGUAGCUGCAACGCCUCCAACAAUGGCCCAAGCGCACGCCUUUGACGCCAGCAGCUCACAGAUCCAGGUGGAGCACGACAAAAAGCGCCGGCAGUUCGUCAUAAGGCUCAACGGAUCCCAUGAUCGUGCAGUUCUUCUGUACGAGUAUGUUGGGAAGAAAACGGUGGACUUGCAGCACACAGAAGUUCCAGAUGCUUAUCGGGGGAGAGGCAUUGCCAAGCAUCUAGCCAAGGCAGCUAUGGAUUUUGUAGUAGAAGAGGACCUGAAGGCUCACCUGACCUGCUGGUACAUUCAGAAAUAUGUCAAAGAAAACCCUCAGCCUCAGUACUUUGAACACAUCUACCAAUGACCCCACACAGCUCUGAGAAAGGGAUCGAGACAGAGACUCGUGGGAGGGAGAAAUACUGUGACGGCGUGCCGUGGAGCCGCAGGACAAAAAUUCAACACACCACCUCCUAAGUGUGAACAUUUCAUUGAGGAAAUCCAGAGACAAAGCCAUCUGAAUGAUCUCACGCUGCAGUGAGGGUUGAUCGUCCCGUCAAAGGGUCACUGACAUCCUUCACAAAGGGAGGGGGACUCCAGGAGAGGAGGAGCUCCGUUUGGUCUUGUCGUUGCGGCGCAACUGAAGGGUGGUGCCUGAAUCUUCCAGGGUUUACCCCCAAAGCUGACUUGAAACAAGUGAGAACAGAUCUGAUAGGACUUGUUUUUUUUUGUCUUUCCUUGGAACUAUAUACAUUUCGUAUUCUUGUUUGGUAUGGGUAGAAUGGCAACAAUUGGUGCUCCAUUCAAAUUUAGAUUGUAUUGACCUUUAAAUUAGGCCCUAUAUGUUGUAUCUCAUUUUCCCCUCCUCUAGAUAUUAUAUCUUUUAAGUUUUGGGGGCGGGUUGUGCUUAAAUAUUAUCGAAGGAAUUCCACCAUGAAACUGCAGCCAUUUAAUGUUUUUCUUUGUCAUCGAUUGCCUACAUUUGGUAAGUUACAUGUUUUAAAUAAAUUCAAUUUUAAAAAUGUAAACAUUUUCAAAGCCUAAUUUGGUUCAGUCUUUUAUUUUUUUUCCACUGUAGAAGAAUGUUGACAUUUGCAAAUUGAUUUUUGGGUUGACAAAGGUGCAGGGAUUUGUAAACCACAGAGAAAAACAAAGGACAUCCUAUCAAUUUCUCCUUGUUUUAUUUUAAAUGUCUGUUUAUUGCUCAUCCUGUCAUUUCAGUGUAUGCUGGCUCAAACCAGAAGCACACUCUUGAGCUGAGGGCAUUUCCGUUCUAUGAUGUGAUGAUUAUGACUUUUUUCUUUCAGUGACAUUUCAUUUGGUUACUGCAACUGAACUGUCUUUUCAGGUGAUUCAUUUGCCACUGACAUUAAACGAGUUCAACAUUUGACAAAAAGGCUUAUUGAGGUGAAAGUAUUUUUGUCUUUUGUAGAUGUUUUGCUGUUGACAAUCUUGUAUGUUGAGUAAAAAAAAAAAUGUUAAAAAACCUCAGGCCACUUAACACGCCUUGGCAUGGCAGAUUAAACUGCUGUGAUGGCUGAUCUCCAACUGCAAUAAGAAGUCCCUUGUAAAAGUUCGAACAAGCGCCUAAAGCUAGCCAGAAAGACUUUUUUUUUCUUCUUGGUUGUGUGCUUAUAUUUGAUUGCUUUAUUCAAAGAAAACCAUGCCUGAUGUGAAUUCUCAAGCAGGGAACUUUGGAUUUGUUAAAAAGGUUCACAUUCUUGUUACACAGUUUUAUACUUGAUAUACUUUUCUCUGUACUUAUUUUAAAUACAUAAAUAAAGAUAACAUUCGUCAAA